AUGCUCUCCUACUUCGGCUGGGGCUCUAGCUCCAAAUCAGACUCUAAGAUCUCUACCGUCUCAGGAAAUUCAGAGUCAAAACCAGAGAGUGAAUCUUCAUCCCCAGCUUCCACAACAGUCCAAUCACAAGCAAUUCAAAAACCCGUAACACAAGACAACACCAGCCUCAAAAUCCUCGUCGGUGGUGUGGCCUUUGUCUCUCUCUCACUAUUGAUAACACGUCGCGCAAACCGAAGGAAAAUCGCCGAAUGCAUUCCACCAUUCUACUCCAGCUCGACCUACUUCCAGCCCCAAGUGAACGGCGCAGGUGAGGCUUUGGAGGCACUCAGCCUCGCUACUAUCAAUGUUCUCUCCUUCAGCACGAUGGCCGUUGGCGCUGGAGCAUAUGCCUUCAAUAUCAAUUCGCUAGAUGAUGCGCGAAGAGCUAUGAGGACUUACAUGGAUACUGCUGUCGAUUCAUCGGGCAAGGCGGAUGAGGAGCUUGAGAAAGAUGUCACAGAGUGGGUGACCAAUAUGCUUGGAGAUCGAUUCCAGAAGCAGCUGGAGAUUGAGCGUGCGAAGAAGGCACAGAAUCCUCCAAGUGGGGAUGAGAAGUAG